AUGAGGCCCUUGAAUGUUUACUAUCCCCCAUUUUUUCCGGCUGUCGAUCAUUCAGAAUGUCGCGAGUUCCCAACCUUACAUCCUACAGUAAAUUGCAUGUAUCCGGGAUUUAUGGUGGAGGUAAAUAAAAAACCUAUAUAAGUCUGAUUCCAUUGGAGAGAAAAAAACGUUUAGAUAUUGAAUCACCUGGUCCGCGAUAUGAAUCUGACUUUGGUUUCGGCGUUGAGUUCAGAGUUUCGGCGUGAUCUCUUCCGAAAGCCAUUGAUUGACAAGGAAGGGAAGCCUCAUGGAGAGUUUCUUCUUCUUUACAAUGGGACCAUCGACAUAAUUGCAUCGCCUUUUCAGCCCACAGAAGGACGGAAACGAUGGUUUACUUUUAGCCAUCCAAUGUAUCAGGUACCAAAAAUAAAAAAAUAUUGGAGAAUUUUAAGACCGAUACAAGUAUAAUAAUCGGAAAGAAUUUGGGGUUAUCGAGCAGUAUGUGGAGUUUCUUCCGAACUUACUCUUCCAACACAUGGCUGGCCAUCUUGGUCGCUUUGGUCGUUCAGAUCAUGGUUUGCACUUGUAUACGGUACUUUGAGGCUUCCUUUACAAAACAAAAACCGAUUACAGUUGUUGAGGUAGGUGUACUCAAAGUGGAUAGUGUAUGAUGACCUUAGAGUGGUUGGCAAAUGUUGAGAUUACAAUUAAUGCAGCCAGAAAAGAUUUAUUUCAAAAGUAUUGCAGGUAAGUUGGCAGAAAUUCCAGAGGUCUGAUUGUAUUACAGUAAAGUUUAAAAAGUAAAUUUCUAGGCCGAUUAUCGAUUCUUCUCUUCUCCCUCGUCCAAUGUGCCGUUCUGCUUGGAGUUUUUAGCACGUGGAUCUUAUCUAGUAUCAUAACGGAAUCCAUUGAGAACCCCAUCGACCGCUUAGGAUUGAUUUUGAGGCAGAUAAGAGAUGGGAAGAAAACAAUGAUUGCUUCUCGAUACGAAACUUGGUUUUAUGAGAAGAUCUACAAUUCCGAUGAAAAUCUUUUUAAGGAAUUCAGAUGGGCCUUGGAGAAGAAUCCACUUCAGAAAGUGGAGACCAUCGACGAGACGCUUGCUCAUAUCAGUUCGGGGAAUUACAUCUCCUUUGCACAGGACGACGAGGACACAAAAUACACAACUCUCAAGUAUUGCAAUAUAUUGGAGAUCACGACGGGAAUGCCCACGGUCUCCAGUCAUCUUCUUUUCAGGUAUGAAGUGAUAAUUUAUAUCUUAUAUUGUGCUUAGAAAAGAUUUUGAACUCAUUGAUCAAUUUAACCAGGCCAUCUUCGAGAAUCAGGCACAUAUAUUGAGGAUUGUCAAGAAAUAUAAGAAUCUCUCCAAGAAAAAAACUCAGCGAUUCUGUUCCCCGUCCGUAGGCCCCGCCCCUUUGAGAAUAAUACCGUAUUCCGGACUUCUAAUUGUAUGUUUUAUCAUCAUAAUAGUGGCAUUGGUUAUUCUAAUCGUUGAAAAUUAUACAAGAAUGGUCCAGAAGCGCCAUGAAGGGAAGUGCUUCCGAUAUCCAAAGCUUUUAAAAGUCGCCAAGUUUAUUUUUUGA